AUGAAUGACAUAGGUGCUGCUUUAGCAAAAACGGUUGAGGUUGAAAACGAUGGGGGCAAUCAAUUUAAUGUGAGUGACAUGGGUGAUGAUUUGGGGGAUGAACCAAUAGAUAUGGGUGAUGAACCAACAGACAUGCGUGACUAUGAAGACCAACCAGCAGAUACAACUGAAAAAGUUAAUAAAGAUCUUACCGGACCUUUUCCUAGAGGGCCAUAUGAUCCUUCAAUUUUGAAGAGUUUUCAUUGUCACGUAGCAGCCAAAAUUUGGCAUAAUGAUGAACGUGGAAUACUUAAAUGCUUAAAUCAUGGUUUUAACGUUGGAGAAUGGUCAUUCAACUUGGAAGAUAAUGAGCAGUCCAAAUUUCAUGGUUUAAUUAUGGAUUCGGGGUUGAUUUCUUUAGUGAGUUGCUCCUAUAAAUUUGUAAACAAAGUUGUAGUUUCGGCCUUUGUAGAAAGAUGGCAGCCAGAGACAAACACGUUUCAUCUACCAUUUGGUGAGAUGUCACCAACCUUAGAUGAUGUUAGUGUAAUUGUAGGGAUUCCAGUGAUUGGUAAAUCAGUCUCUUGCGAGAAGUUAUCAAAUGUUGACGCUACAAAUCUGCUAGUUGAGGCUUUGGGAGUAACAAUAGAUGAGGCAAAUGUAGCGUUGAAGGUAGCACGGGGCCAGUCUAUCAAGGGUGCAGCCGCAUUGGCUUUUUUAUACAGGCAAUUGGGUACUGCCACAAGGUAUGCCGUAAAACAGAUGGCGGGAUACAUGAAAUUGCUAGAAGCUUGGAUUUACGAGCAUUUUGUUGGUGCUAGACCCCACCCCAAUUUGGACUAUAAAGAAGAUCAGUCUCAUGUCUUUCGUUGGAUUUCUCGCACCCAAUCUGGUUCGUCAACGUCUAUUUUACAAAGAUUACGAGAUGACCGCGACAGAUUAGAGGCCCAUGACGUUAUUUGGGAUCCAAACCAUGAUAAGCGUAUUGAGCAUCCUUUUUCUGAUGUUGCUUACUAUAGUGGAUGCUUAAAAUGUAUGCACAUUGUUGAACCAUACCAUCCAGAUAGGUUCAACAGUGACGAAAAUGAAGAUGAUAUUCGGUUUAAUAGUUCUGACUAUCUGCAUUAA